AAUAACCCUACUCUGUGAUAAGCUAUGAAUAAAAUAAAACAAUUUGGGUUUUUUCGAGUGUUUUUCAUGUUUCAAAGCGAUGAAGGAUUAAAAUAUAAAAAAUUGAUUUUAGCUGAAGCUUCUCUUAAUCAUCUAUAUGAGUCACACUAAUAAUUUUCUUUUAUUAACAUUAAUAGAAAAAUCGAAAACCUAGCUUGUGAUCAAUGUUUUGAAUUAGGUACAACGGCAAAAAGAUUAAAUAACUACAUAAACUACUAAAAGAUUAGUGCUAAAAAUGGGUAAACUGAAUAACUCCUUUCUUUGGGGAAUUCUCAUAGCAUCGGCAACUUGGAGUAUAUCAUUAUAUCUCUACUGGCUUCUUAACAUGGGCGGUAACAGUAAAUUAGGCAAUAUAAACAGCAAAAUGCAUUAUCGCUUGGUGAAUUCAGAUGAGAAAGAUAGAAUAAAAAACAAUGACAAAUCUAUUGCAGCACUAGAAGGCAAGAAUUUGCUUGAUGAUAGCCCAAGAGUAUAUGAUAGAUUUUCUGCAAACAAAUGGAAGGCAUUUAAAAGUCGCUCUGAUUAUCAACGAAAAAUUAUGCUAAAAGAAAAGUUUGCAAAGCAGUUAGGAAUGAAGUUGUCAGCUAAACCAGAUAAAAGCCUAGAUAACCAAAUUGGAUUGAUACAUAAUGCUGAAGACGUGAGAAUACGAGAGAAAGGUUAUAAUUUACAUGCUUUCAAUACUCUUAUAUCACAACGUAUUGGAAACCACAGAGGUUUGCCUGAUACAAGAAAUAAAUUAUGCCGAUUACAAAAAUAUGCAGACAAGCUUCCAAGAGCUUCAAUUAUAAUUUGUUUCUACAAUGAACAUUAUGAAACUUUAAUGAGAUCUAUUCAUUCAAUUUUGGAUCGCACUGAUGCAAAAUAUUUAAAGGAAAUUAUUCUUGUUGAUGACUUUAGUGAUAUUGAAGGUUUAUACAAUGAUGUAGCAAAUGAAAUAAAUGAUUUAAACAAUAGAAUGCGUAAGGAGGAAGAAAUGAUUGAGACUAAUAUUGUAGAUGAUAAUGUUGUUGAUUAUAUAAAUGAUGACAAUAAUGUAGAAAAGAAAACCACAGAUAAGAAUUAUAGCAAAUUGUCCAAAAAUGGUUUGAACAUAAGAUUGUUAAGAACGAGCAAGAGAGAGGGUCUUAUUCGUGCCAGAUUGUAUGGAGCCGAUAAUAGUGUGGGUGAGGUGUUAAUCUUCCUGGAUUCACACAUAGAAGUAAAUGUAGAUUGGUUACCACCACUUCUGACACGUCUAGCAGAAGGAGUGGAUGGUAUCAACGUGCGCUAUUCUCAACGGGCUGUGAUGCCCAUAAUUGAUGUAAUCAAUUCAGAUACAUUUGAGUACAGUGCUAGCCCAUUAGUGCGUGGAGGAUUCAAUUGGGGGCUCCACUUCAAAUGGGAUAAUUUGCCAAAGGGAACAUUAAAAAAUGAUGAAGACUUUGUGAAACCAAUCAAAUCUCCAACAAUGGCAGGUGGUUUGUUUGCUAUCUAUCGCGAGUAUUUCAAUUAUGUUGGUAAAUAUGAUGCUGGUAUGCAUAUAUGGGGGGGAGAAAACUUGGAGAUCUCAUUCAGGAUAUGGAUGUGUGGUGGUACUUUAGAGAUGGUUCCUUGCAGCCGAGUCGGGCACGUGUUCCGAAAGCGCAGACCGCACAGUGUCGGGGAAAAGGAGGAUUAUAUGAUGUACAACUCUAUGCGAAUGGCUCGUGUGUGGAUGGACGAAUAUGUGAAAAAAGUAAUAGAACAGAAUCCUUCCGCCGCUCACAUUGACGUCGGCAACAUAUCAGAACGGCAGGCGGUGCGCAAGAGUUUGAAUUGCAAAUCCUUCAAAUGGUUUCUGGAGAACGUUUAUCCUGAACUGGAGACUGGAGACGAGACGGCGUCGAAGAAAAGACUGGCUGCCCUCAACGAUCCGGAGAAGAAUAAGUUUCAGCCGUGGCAUUCGAGGAAAAGAAACUACACUGACUCAUUCCAGUUACGUUUGAAGAACACAUCAUUUUGUGUGCAAAGCGUGAAGGAUAUCAAAUCUAAAGGCAGUGGCUUACAGCUCGCUAGCUGCAUUCGAACUUUAAAUCAGGUAUGGUUCGAGACUGAUAGGCACGAGUUAGUAUUAGGACGCACUCUCUGUUUAGACGCGGCUAACAACGUUUCGCCGGUGCUAGGUAAAUGCCACGAACUGGGCGGCUCUCAAGAGUGGAAACAUAAAGGCUCCGCCGGCAGUCCGAUAUACAAUACCGCAGCAGGGAUGUGUUUAGGCGUGGAACGCGCGUACAGGGCCGAACCGCUCCUCAUGGUCAUAUGCGACAAUCAAUCGACCAACCAAUGGGACUUCAUUAGGUCGUAACCGCAAGGAGUUACCGUGGUACAGAGAUUAGGCGAGAUUAUAAUAUAUUUCCAAAGUCGCCCACGACGAAUGUUGAGCGCGUGUAGGUUUUUAAAAAAGGAAUAGACUGCAAAAGUUUUAAUUUUAUUCGCAGUUCACAUAAUAGUCCAGUCAAUGAAAGCUUAACUUUGCCAUUUUGAGUUGAUCACCUGCAACCAACGCGAAAA